AGAAUUUUUUUUUCCCCACAAUAACUAUUUUGCUUCCUUUAAUUAUAAUGGAACAUCACAAGGUUUCAAUCUGUCUCUGUGAUGAUGAUAAAGGUUGAAUCAAUUGCUAGGUUACCAGGAUCAUCUCAUCUCAUCUCAUCUCAUCUCUUCUCUUCGGUUGUGUAUCCGAAAUCAAAGUCCUGCCCUAGUCUCUUUCGCUUCUCUCUCUCUUUCAACGUUCGACGCAAAAUCAAACUCUGUUGUUGUCUCGUCGGAGCAACCAAUGACCACAAUCGGUGGUGAAUCCGUGAAAGAGGAGGUUAAGCUUGUCGCAGUGAAGGUUUCGAACCCUUGCCCAGACAUGCCUUCGUUGAAGCUCCAAGCCGACGAAUGUGACCACAACACCAACCCUAUUGUUCUCUGGCAGGUUAUGGUUAAGAAAAUGGGACUUCCUGAUGGAUUGGAUUUUGGUACAUCUAAAGGUUAUGGUGAUGUUCUACUUGAAGGUUGUUGUCAGACGUGGAGUAAGAUUGAAAGACGGAUUGCCACUCUUGAGUUUGACCAUGAUAGGAAAUCGAUGGGAGUUAUAGUGAGGUCCAGCUCAGGAAGAAAGUCAUUGUUUGUAAAGGUAUACAGGGAGGUGUUUGAACCCCUUGCUGAUUUCUGUGCAAGGAGGGUGGUGUAGGAAGGGAUAAAGUCUUAAGACUCUAUCAUUGAGCUCUAUCCCUCCCUUGCUCUCCCUUAACUUCUAUGCCAUGUACAACAGUAGCACUUUAAAUCUUUCAGGUUUCUAUUUUUAUGGCUAUGAAAAUCGUGGCAGAGAAGUGUUUAUAUUGGAUAUUUAUUUCUUGGUGGUGAUGUGAGUUUAGGGUGCAUUGUGAAGAAAGUGGUGAAGAAAUCUCAGAGAUGGAAUCGGUGUAUGCACUGAAGUGCCACAUAUCACAUGAAGUGAACCAUUUACAUGAGGGGCUUAAGCAUGUAAGUGCUAUUGAUGAGCUGAUGUAAGGCUUCUCCUUCUUUGGGCCAUAGUGCGAUUUACAUUAAAGAUUCACGUAUCACUGGCUUGCCAAGGUGCUUUACCAUUCAGUUUGUGCGGUUUUCUGGAAAAGGGAAUCAAAUCAGAAGGCCAAGAUUUUGUGGGUAACUUCAGUUUUCAACAUGCUCAUAUUUUUUAAGGAGAAUGCAUCCCUGCACUGUACCCCAGUUUACUGUGGCAGGGUUAGGUCUUAUCUGGUGAAGUUGGUGGUCAAGCUCCCAAGAGAACAAAAACCUUGAUACUAAGAGAAGUCCUUGGUAAAAGCUUAAAUGCUUGGAUAAUGGGUGGUCUAUCAAUCUAAGUUCAUGCAACUUGGGCCUGUGACCACCUCUCGGGUGCUUCAUUGUAAAAUAAAUGUACUGUAUUCUUUGAAUUUGGCCAGGAAAACUUUCCAAAUAUUUUGAUCUUACUUUUGUAUGCCCUUUUAAUAAUAUUUUUUUUGGACGGUUUUGAAGUUGAGGAUAAUUUUUAAUGUUUAGAAAUAUAGUUUUUGGAUGGUUUGGAAUGCA